GGCAUAGCCGAAUCCGCCAAAUACCCACAUUUGACGGGUAUUUUGAUCACUAUCUGGACAGAUUUCGGGUGGAUACCCGGUGGGUCGGUCAGGGUUGCCAAGCUUAAUCUCGUCCCCAAAUGAUAAAAAGAAAGGUAACGGAAUCGGAUAGAGCGAGGAGAAGAAGAGCAAAGAGCUUGAGUCAGUUCAACGCCUUUUUCCCAAGCAUCUUCUUAUCUGCAAGACAAAGACACUGCAAUCUCCAAGCUUUCAAGCCAUGGCGUCGCUCAUGGUGGCAUCUGUUCCGUCCGCCACACCUCGUUCGCUCAACCUCUGCCCGGGCUUCUCUUCCUCCCGUUCAGAGAUUCAGGGCAGCUCCUUCGUCGUCGCGUCAUUCGGUUCGCUCAAGCUCUCGGCUUCUUCCUCCUCCACGUCAUCACUUCCCUUGGUUUAUUGCGGCAGAGGCGACAGGAAGACUGCUAAAGGAAAGCGAUUCGCUCACUCGUUCGGCAAUGUUGGAAACUCUCAUCUCUGGCUGUAAUUUCGAAAUGUCAUCUCCGCGUAAUUGCGCUUACUUCUUCUUGUUGUUUAUGGUGCCAGGCAAGGCCGAGAAACAAGAAGAAAGGGAGAGGCCCGCCGAGGAUACCGGUCCCUGCCUCUCCAUUGAAUCCAGACGAAUUGGCACAGGACAGCGAAGAAGUCCCCAUUGAAACCGAUGAGUGAUGAGUUCCUAAUUCCCUGUUCAAUCUUUCUUUUUCUUGCUGUUAAACGCUUCCUGUAGAUUUUCAGCUGUUGAAACUACUCUGCUGUUUCUAUGUCAUCCCUGUUGCAUUAAGGUUUAUUUUCAUGUGUCAUUUACAUGCUUACAGAACCAUGGCAUGGCAUGUGUGUUUAGGGUUUGAUGUUGGGAUUUUCAGGCUUAGGUAAUCUCAGAAACUGUUCUUCUUUAGGUUCAGUGCUGCAUUGCUUAGACUUGUGGAGAGCCUUGCUUUUGCUAACGUAAGAGUAGGAUUGCUAAGCCAUCAUUAUGGAGAACUUUUCUAGGCUAAGAACUUGAGAUGAUGAAAGAAUUCUUGGUCAAUCCAGAGUCCAGACACGACUUUGAGAUAGCGGUUCUGCGAUUGAGAUGCUAAUUCGGGGAUGGAGUUUGAAAAACUUCGUAUUCUUUUCCCCUUUCAAGAGUAGAAGAUAGGAAUCACAAGCAAGGAACUCUGUAAUGAAAGGAAAAUUCAAUAUCCUUACAGAAUAACUUAUUCAGGUAGUAGUGGUGAUAUACACUCUUUUGUUGGGGAAAACAUCAAAACAAGACCUCAAGCCUCGGUCUCUCUCUCUCUUUAGUUGCAAAAGAUUUCUUACCAUCUCUCUAAGCAUGGUUGAUAUGUUGACAGACAACACAGUGCUCUGAGAUAAGCCUGUCCAUCACACUUCCAUCUUCAAUAAUCAAUUUCCUGCUCCUCUUGUUCCAUAGGUGUAAUGCAUAGCUAUCCUGCAGCUCGACCAUGAGCCGGUCCGCCCAUCUUGAUUGAGAGCCGGUUGUCGGCUUUCUGAAAAGCCUGCGAAUCUGUAUCCAGUCGACCGGAUAGAACGCCUUGGGCUGCAAGAUCGUUACGUUGUAACUUGGUAGGCUUCCACCCAUCCUCUGACAGACUCUUGAAAACAUAGCCGGCCCGUUGUAACCCCAUUUGUUCCCGUUGAAGGUGUUUGAGAACUCUUUGAUGAACUCCAACAACAUAGGAUGGCCCAGAUCAAACACCACGACUGCAUUGUUUAUGCUGCUCCAUUGGUUAGUCAUUCGAUCCAUGGUCUGAGCCCCAACGACGUUCCGUAGCUCUGAGAAAUCUCUCAGAACUAUGAAGUCCGUAUCGAUAUACGCCCCUCCAUAUUUGUAUAUCAUUGCAAUCCUUAUCAGAUUGGUGAGGUUUAUAGUUAGAGGGAUGUAGCCAGGAUCCCUGGUGCCGCUCUUCAUGUCCUCGAGCCAAUCUUCGCCCGGUGUGUCUUGCACUAGAAAUGGCACGUCGGGUGUGACUGCAAGAACUUUGAAGCCGAGAUCGAGAACGGGCUUGAGCUUUGUGUAUCCACGCUUGGAGUCCAUCGAUCUCGAGACAAUGAUCAAGCAGGCUUCUGGAUUCGAGUGAAAGAGGCUGUCCAUGGACAUGAAUUCCCUCGGUCCAAACGUCUUGGCCGGCGAGAGCCACACCAUGUAGAAUUGGACUGAGCAGUUGUUGUUGUUGAAGAACUCCAUGACUCGGCCGUGGAACUUCUCACUCAACUCGUUGGAAUUGAGCAAGUCGAGCUCCGGAAGCUUCCGUCGGAACCAUUCAAUUCUUUCAGCUAUCGUCACAUUCUGCGGAGGAACCAGAGGAUCCACAACUUCACUCUCGUCGUCGUCGUAGUCCUCCCGAUUGAUGUUCAUAUGCGUGUUGAGCUGUGGCAACUCGCUGACGGCGGGGAGAGCUGGUUCCUGCAAGGCCGUGCUGCCGGUUGAAGAAGGGCCGGCAAAGAGGUGGCCGGAAUAGAGCAUGAAGAAGAUUGCGGCGAAGGUGAUGGCGGAGAAGAUUGGCGUUUUCGGACCGUGGAAAACUUUGCGGAGAUCGAACAUCUUCUUGUACAUUUUCUUGAGCAUUUUGGGGAAAGCGGGCAAGGAGAAUUCGGUGGGAGAGACCAUUUGGGAGGAGCAAAGGGAACUGUGAUGGCAAAACAGUGCUGCCUUCGGCCAUGUUUCUUUUAUACGGCAAAACUGUGGAUGGCAAAACAAGGAGAAAGUGCUGCGGCCUGCGGGACUUGCAACGUUCAAAGCAUGGCGGGAGUUGGAUGGCUCCACAAUUUCUUUUCAGCAUCAAGCACUAAUAAAUUUCGGUUUUAGGAGGGAAACCAAGGUCCUUAUGAGAACCGGAUCAAACAAGGUGGUUCGACUCAUUGGAUCGAGUUAGGAACUCGGAAAAUAUGAGGCUGCCAGAUUUUCGACCAACUGGUUGGUCCAAAACUCGUUUAAGGUUUUCGCACGUAUCCGUUAACAAAUUCUUAACCACUAGACGAGGACAUAACCGAAUCGUGAAUCGGUGAACUUUCGGUGUUUCAUUCGAUUCAAGAUCUGACUUGCUUCAUAAAAUAUUUCAGCCUAAAGUUCUAAUCUAUUGGAGGUAUGUUAUUUGUCAGCAUUAGUGGCAAAUUAAAUACCUACCAGCAAUCGUACUCCUUCAGACUUAGCCAUCCGGAUUGAAGGAAGGAAUAACUCAGGUUGUUUAAGGCAAGGUUGGUAUCAGCAAUUUAAGUUUUGAUGAUCCUCGGAACCAAAAUGUGACCCUGUAUGUAAAACAUGAUGUGACACUAUGAAACAGUGAUUCUUGAAGUUGUUGAUUUGAUUGUGCU